AUGGUGUCGCAACACCCCCCUCCGCCUCCCGCGGGCAAGAGGCGCCGUAUCGCUGUAAUGACCAGCGGUGGCGACUCUCCCGGCAUGAACGGGGCCACGAGGGCGGUUGUCCGCAUGGCAAUUGAGAAAGGCUGCGAAGCAUAUUGUAUCUACGAAGGAUACGAAGGACUCGUCCAAGGCGGCAAGUUCAUACGCAAGAUGGAAUGGUCGGAUGUGCGAGGCUGGCUCUCGGAAGGCGGAACCCUCAUCGGUACAGCCAGGUGCAUGGCCUUCUACGAACGCCCUGGAAGGCUGAGGGCUGCGAAGAACAUGAUCUUGAAUGGCAUUGAUGCUCUGGUUAUCUGCGGUGGUGAUGGUUCAUUGACUGGAGCUGAUAAGUUCCGCCACGAGUGGCCGGGCUUGGUCGAUGAGCUGGUCUCGACGGGCGAGUUAACAACAGAGCAAGUUGAGCCCUACAGACACCUCAACAUUGUCGGACUCGUCGGCUCCAUCGACAACGACAUGUCUGGUACCGACGCUACAAUUGGUUGCUUCUCCGCUCUUGGCAGGAUCUGUGAGAUGGUCGAUUAUAUUGAGGCCACAGCUUCAUCACAUUCCCGCGCAUUUGUCAUUGAGGUUAUGGGAAGACACUGUGGUUGGUUGGCUCUCAUGGCUGGUGUUGCAACCGGUGCGGAUUUCGUCUUCAUCCCCGAGAAGCCUCGUGCGGACAAUUGGAAGGAAGAAAUGUGCACAAUUGUGGCGCGUCAUAGACAACUAGGAAAGCGAAAGACAAUCGUCAUCGUUGCAGAGGGAGCCCAUGAUCAGCACGGCAACAAAAUUUCCCCAGAACAGAUUAAGGAUCUCCUUGCAGACAAGAACGGCCUAGCUUUGGAUACUCGUAUUACAACUCUCGGUCACGUACAGCGUGGAGGUACAGCAUGCGCUUACGAUCGAUACCUCUCAACUUUGCAGGGUGUGGAGGCUGUGAAUGCCGUCCUAGACGCAACACCAACAACACCAACUCCUUUCAUUGCAAUCAAUGAGAACAAAAUCACCCGGAAACCUCUCGUCCAGGCAGUUGAAGAUACAAAGGAAGUUGCUAAAGCUAUAGAGGCUCAAGAUUUUGACCGAGCAAUGAGCUUGCGUGAUACCGAGUUCUCCGACUACUACAACUCCUACAUGACUACGACUACUACUGAUCUCAAUGAUGCCAUGAGACUUCCUUCCAAAAAGCACAUGCGGAUCGCAAUUAUUCACGUUGGCGCUCCAGCUGGUGGUGUGAACGCAGCUACAAGAGCAGCAGUUGCUUACUGUCUCACCCGCGGUCAUACCCCUCUUGCUAUUCAUAAUGGCUUUGCUGGCUUUGCACGACACCACGGUGACAAGCCCCUCGGUGCAGUCAGACCUUUUGACUGGUUGGAAGUUGAUGGCUGGGCAAGUAAAGGAGGUUCCGAGAUUGGCAUGAAUCGUGAACUUCCCUCCGAAUCUGGAUUGGAUCACAUUGCCAAACUCUUUGAAUUAUACAAAUUCGAUGGACUCUUUAUCAUUGGGGGCUUUGAAGGAUUCCACGCCCUCUCAGAGCUCCGAAAAGCCAGAGAGCAAUACCCUGCUUUCUGCAUACCCAUGACUCUGUUGCCCGCCACGAUCUCAAAUAAUGUUCCAGGGACCGAAUACUCUAUUGGCUCUGACACCUGUCUUAAUGAACUCGUUCGCUACUGCGAUACAAUUAAGCAAUCUGCGUCUGCUUCCCGGCGCCGCGUUUUCGUUAUCGAAACCCAGGGUGGGCGCUCUGGUUACAUUGCAACCCUCGCAGGUUUAUCUGUUGGUGCUGUGGCCGUCUAUACUCCGGAAGAAGGAAUCAGCAUUGAAAUGCUCGCGGCAGAUAUCAAGCACUUGAAAGAAGUCUUUGCCCAAGACUCUGGGCAAUCACGAGCCGGUCGUCUCAUCCUUAUCAACGAGAAGGCUUCAAAGGUCUACAAUGCCAAAUUGAUUGCUGACAUGAUCCGCGAGGAGGCCAGAGAUCGUUUCGAAUCACGAGACAGCAUCCCUGGACACGUACAACAAGGCGGUACUCCUUCGCCGAUGGACCGGACUCGUGCUGUCAGGCUUGCUAUUAAAUGCAUCGAACAUCUGGAGAGCUUUGAAGACAGAAGUGCCGACAAGAUCAUGACUGAUCCGAUGAGCAGUACGGUGAUUGGAAUCAAGGGCGCAAGCGUGGUGUUCAGCCCAAUGAAAGAUGUGGAGGAAAAUGAAACGGAUUGGGCAAACCGGAGACCAAAACACGAAUUCUGGAUGCCCUUGAAGCACACUGUCGAUGUUCUGAGCGGCAGACCUGACGUUCCACGACCUGAAAGCCCCCUGACGGGCUGGAAGGCAAAGGAUAAGAAGAGAGGUCUGAUCUAG